UGUUUCCCUCUGACUCCGCCCACCGCGGGGAGCCCCGUAAGCGCGGGGUCAAGUUCGUCUUUGCCCCGCCCCCCAGCGUUGGGGCGGGGCGGACAGGUCUCGGGCUGCCCCACCGUAAAGGGCGGUGCGUUUGGAGGCCUGGCGCGGUCCCCGCCGGGCCUUGGGUGCUGGGCCGGGCACGGGCGGAGAGAGAGCCCGGGUUCGGCGCGGCCGAGUCCCCAGUCCUCUGAAGUCCCCCGAGGCUCACCGAGCGCCUCUGUGGAGUCCCGCGACGCGCAGGCAGGGUGGCUGCUGCAGCAAGUGUCGAUGUGCCUGACGAGAUGAAGAGCCGGAUCCCUGUGGUGCUCCUGGCCUGUGGCUCCUUCAACCCCAUCACCAACAUGCACCUCCGCUUGUUCGAGGUUGCCAGGGACCACCUUCACCAAACAGGAAGGUACCAGGUGAUCGGGGGUAUCAUCUCUCCGGUCAACGACCACUACGGGAAGAAAGACCUCGCCGCUGCCCGGCACCGGGUGGCCAUGGCCCGGCUGGCCCUGCAGACGUCCGACUGGAUCCGAGUAGACCCCUGGGAGAGCGAGCAGACGCAGUGGAUGGAGACGGUCAAGGUGCUGAGGCAUCAUCGCAACGAACUGCUCAGAUCUCUGCCCAAGACAGAAGGCGCAGACCAAGGCAGAGCCGCCUCCCCGGCCCCCGCAGCUGUGCCUGAGCUGAAGCUCCUGUGCGGGGCAGAUGUGCUGAAGACCUUCCAGACCCCCAACCUCUGGAAAGAUGCACACAUCCAGGAGAUAGUGGAGAAGUUCGGCUUGGUGUGUGUGGACCGGGUAGGGCAUGACCCAAAGGGGUACAUCUUGGGCUCGCCCAUCCUGCAGAAGUACCAGGACAACAUCCACCUGGCCAGGGAGCCUGUGCAGAACGAGAUCAGCGCCACGUACAUCAGGAGGGCCCUGGCCCAAGGGCAGAGCGUGAAGUACCUGCUCCCAGACGCCGUCAUCUCCUACAUCAAGGAGCACGGCCUCUACACCAGGGACACCAGCACGGAGAGGAAUGAAGAUUAGAUGGGCUGGACCAGCCCUUCCUCCCCCACCGAGCUCCUCCUGAGGACAGCCGGCUAAGGUCUUGGUUUUUGUUCAUUUUUCCAUUUUUCAUUUGGUCUGUUUCAACAGCAGUUUUGCUUCUGAGGAGUCUUCUGUGCCAGGAAGAGAUACCUUCUUUUGGGAGGAGCAAACGUCUAUAUCACAAGGAGGGACAUUUAUCAUAGACGUUAAAAUGGUGUGGCAGGUCACUGGGGUUAGGCAAGAGCUCUCAGAACCUCUGGUUGAAGAGAUCUUAUUUUGUAAAUGGUAGUUUUGGCUGCGCACUGAAGGUUCUGCACGUGACAGGGACCACUGAGGGUCAGAUCGGAAUUGCCCACAAUGUGUUUUUCUAACCAGGACCAGGUGCAGCUUGCCGGUCUUGAUUGGAGAGGCUUGACAGGAUGCUAAUUACCAAACAGUGGGCUUUGUCAAUGCAUUGCUUCAACAGAAUAACACUCUGUCAAGGUGUCAAGAAUUUGGAAGCGGCACUUUGCUGAUUUACAUUGAAUCUUCCCUUACAAACCACUGUCUGCCUGCCUACUGGCCAUCGAUAGAAUUUAAACUUAAGUCUUUCUAAGUAGUGAUACUCAAACAAUAUUUUUGAUACAGUAUAUAUAUUUUUUUCUAAUACAGCUAAUCUAUGAAUGCUAGCACUCCCGAUUUCCAGGUUUGUAAAAAGGAACUGAGGUAAAACAGAGGCCUUGACUAUUUUAGAGGAUCUUCUUGAAUGUUUUAUGACUGCCUGCCUGUUUGAAUAUUGGCAGAGGGAUAAAUAAUAAAUUGACAUCAAAAAGUGCUAAUGAAAA